AUGAGUGACGAGGAGCUGCCAGAGCAGCCCCCAGUAGACGAGGAUGGGCUAGAGGGAGAGUCGUGGGCCAAGCCCCUGGUCCACCUGUGGCAGAACAGACCCCCCAACCUGAAGAAAGAGAAGGAGUACAACCGUUGCAUGGGCCUCCAGGCCCCAUACUGCUCAGUGUGCUCACUCUUCCAGGCAUUCCAGCAGUCCCUGAGAUGUGUUUCACUACCACCACGGAGCCAGAGGAGGGCGCUGAGGAGAAGGAACCUGCCCCUCCGGCCCCCACCACCCCUCACCUGGAGCCAGACGGCACCAGCCUGCUCAUCAGCUGCUCCCACUGCAGCGUCCGCGUACACACCAAGUUGCUGUUUGUGUUUGCUGAGGGGGGGUGCCUUGCAGAAAGCCAACAACAAUAAGUGGGUCCAUGUGCUGUGUGCAGUAGCAGUGUUGGAGGCUCGCUUUGUGAACAUCACUGAGAGAAGCCCUGUGGAUCUGAGUGGGAUUCCUCUACAGAGGUUUAAACUGAAAUGUUACUACUGUAAGAAGCGGAUGAAGAAGACAUCCGGGUGCUGUGUGCAGUGUUCCCAUGGCCGCUGUCCUACGGCCUACCACCCUACUUGUGCCCAGGCCGCUGGGAUCCUCAUGCAGCCAGACGAGUGGCCCUUUGUGGUCUACGUCACCUGCUGCCGGCACAAGGGCCCUAUUCCGACAGAGCGUAACAAAGCAGCCAUGCAUGAGCUCACCGUGGGAAGGAGGGUGAUCUGUAAGCACAAAAAUGGCCGCUACUACCAGUGUGACGUGGUGCAGCUGUCCAAGGAGACGUUCUAUGAGGUCAACUUUGAUGACGGCUCCUUCAGUGAUAACCUCUUUCCCGAGGACAUCGUGGGCCGGGACUGUGCCCAGAUAGGCCCCCCUCCACAGGGUGAGAUGGUGCAGGUCCGCUGGACAGAUGGUCUGGUCUACGGGGCCAAGUUUGUGGCUGCUCACAUCAUCCAAAUGUACCAGGUGGAGUUUGAAGACGGGUCACAACUAACAACCAAGAGAGAUGAUGUCUAUACCCUGGAUGAGGAGCUGCCUAAGAGAGUCAAGUCAAGACUGUCCAAGGCAUCAGACAUGCGUUUCGAUGGGAUCUUUGAGGACAAGGAGGCCAUCCAGCAGUCGAAGAGGCAGAGAGUGAUCAACUCACGGUACCGAGGGGACUACGUUGAACCUGUGAUCUACAGAGCCAUCAUGGAGUAGCCUGCCCACUACAGCAUGGAGUAGCCUACUCUUCCAACAAACCACCAGCACUGAUAUUCCUGAUCUGGACUUCUCACUUUACCUUAAUUUAUCCACUGACUGAGUGAGUGUAGCUCUGACUAAAGGACUUCCUCUGAAAAUAACUUUCCAACCCCUAGUUUGGACUGUUUUCUUUUUUCUUACGUUCAUCCCUUCAUAAUUUACAGCAUUAUGCGCCAGUUUCCCGGACACUGAUUAAGCCUAGUCUUGGACUGAAAAGCCCUUUCAUUGGAUAUGCUUUUUAUGCUAUGCUUAACCUGUCCAGGAAACCGGACCCAAUUGUUAUUACUUUUAUGUUUUCUUUGACUGUGAUCAAGGAUUGAAGAACAGGCCACCUUCUCCACUCGGUAUAGGUUAUAGAAGCCGGGAAGGAACUGCCAUCCAUGUCACCUUUUAUGCCAUCCUGCUAGUGCCCAGUAGCUGUAACUCGUCUCUUGAAUGGAAGCGAUAUUGGACCAUGAAUUUUGCUUCCAAACAAGAUGUAGCUUUCUAAUAAUAAUAGUAACAAUCCACUCAAUAGAACUGUGGCAGGAAUGACUUCCUGAAGGGAGUGAAGCAGACAAGUUGCUGCCACUCAUCCUCAUAAACACUGAUUACAGUGUUUUCUGACUUGCAAUUUCACUGAAUGUUGCCAGUUGUUCCUUUUAUGUACAUCUAUUUAUUUUCCUAUGUCGUUUUUCAGGGUGCUACUUGCACCUAUGUUUGAUUUUAAGGAGGUGCAAUGCCAUUUUAGUAACUAAUACCACCUCCUCUUAGCAGAGUCACACUGUUGACUGCAUUCCUAAACAUUGUAUUUUGUAGGAACGCGUUGAAUAUAGCUUUUUCCAUUUUUAGAGUUGUUUUUUACCAGUGUAUUUAUUAUACUGUGCUUGAAGAAAGUAACCUCUGCAAUGCAGACAAUUUGUCAGUUGCAAUGGUGUAGAGGUUCUGGACUGAUUCUGAUCUAUGUUCUAUUUUUGCUAUAUAGAUUAAUUGGAAAUAACCCAUUCAGAAUUGCUAUGGGCGCUCCCUUUUUAUCCAAGUUGGUUCUUUACUCUUUAAAUGAACAUUGUGCGUUGCACUUUUAUUCAAGCCCAUUUUGAGAGGACAGUUUAAUAGUUGUGUGCUACCAUUUGCUAUUUUUGUAAAAAAAAAAAAAAAAAGUUUUAUAAUAUUGUACAUUUUAUAAGAUCUUAUGCAUUGUGUCCCACCACGCUUCUCCACUCGGCCAUGAUCAUCAACCAUAAUGCACUUAUUAAUUAAAGAUAAGGUGGCCUUCAGAUUGUCUGUUAUAUUCCUCUAAACUGCUGUUAUCUUGAGUAUUUGGAUGCCACAUUCUGGUAACUUUCCCAGGUUUUCCAUAAAUCCUGGUUGAAAUUUCCCUGCAAUCAGGAUGAAAUAAGCAGGAAAUCCGUAAGUCCUUUUUAAGUAGGAUUUCUGGGAAUUUUGAGAGUUUUCUGAAUUUUGCAACCCUACCUGAGUGUGAGAGACACCUAAUGUAUGAGUGAGGCAGUUAUAGAGGCUCACAGAAGUACCACUAAGCAAAGGGGUUAUAUCAUCAGCAUUCAACAGUAUGGGAAUACUUAUGAUGACUUAUAAUACAUGGGGGGAAAAUACAAGUUUUUUAUUAAAAAGCCUAUUUUAUUGCUUUGUUUUAUAAUGAUACACGUUACAUUCACAGUCGGGAAGACACUGAGAUGUAAUUAUAAUAAAUAGUUUAUUUAAAGAUAUAAGCCGUUGACGCAAGGGAUCUUGUUUGUGCCCCAAAUGGCAGCAUAUUCCCUAUAUUGUGCUCUACCUUUGACCAGGGACCUGGUCAAAAGUAGUGCACUAUAUAGGGAAUGGGGUGCCAUUUGGGACUGAUCCCUGGCCUGUUCAUGUGACCUUUUUUCCUUUCUGUGAAAAAUGUACUAUCAUUCAUGCAUUUUGUAAAGAUGAUAAUUUUGUUUCAGUAAAAAUAUUUUGGCUUG